AUGAGGAGCCCCUUUGAGAGCAGAAGCCCAGGAGGUGAAACUGCGGCGGUGCAUCUGAGUGUCCUGGAGCUGAGAGAAGGCCUUGCCAGGGCGAGCCUUGAGCUGCAACCCCCCUCACCUAGGGGUUCUCCCUUGUUUAGAGACGAGGCUGUGGAGAUCCAGCCAGCACCGGGGCCUGCUCAUCUACCUGAGGUGGUGGACACGGGAGCGAGGGAGCUGGACCCCACGCAGAAGCAGUUUCAGGAGCCCGCGGCGGCCCCAGGCGCCCAGGACCCCGGCUUCGCCCGGCCUGGCUUCAUGAGGCGCCUGCUGGAGGUGGAGGAGGAGGAGGCCGCGCUUCGGAGGGCCGCCAAGGCCCGCGCCCUGCCAGGCCGGAGGUGCCCCCGGGCCCUGGGCCCCGUGCCCGCCCCCGCCCUCAGCCUGCCUCUGACACUGCCUGCAGCCUCGGCCCCGGCCCCUGCCUCCACCCCGGCUUGGGCCAGGCCGCCCGCCCCUGCGCCAGUCCCCGCCCCCGCGGGGACCCCGGGCCCAGCUCCUGGGCCCGCUGCAGUCCUGCCGGUGCCCGCGUCGGAUCUGGCCUGGAGAAGGACAGAACUUCUGAGUCACAGCGGGGAGAGGAGCCUGAAGGCACGGCAGGAGCUGGAGGAGCGCCACCUCCUGACCGCGCGUCAGACCCGGGAAGAGCGGGUGGAGGAGCACCUCACCACGAAGCAGGAGGACGCCUUCCACAGCUACUUUGAGAUCUUCAACGGUCAUGGCGAGGUGGACGUGCAGAGCCUGGAGAACAUCCUGCUUCUUGUGGGCAUCUCCCUGACGCCGGCCCAGGUGGAGGGUGCCCUGAGGAGCGCUGACAUCGACGGAGAUGGUCGUGUGAACUUCAAAGACUUCUUGACCGUGAUGACAGACACCAGGCGCUUCUUCUGCUCUGUGGAACAGAACACCCUGAUGGACAUGGCUCCUCCAAACCCCCAUACUCUGUUCUUUGAGAUCCUGUCCCUGCUGGUUGAGAUGCUGGCCUUACCCGAGGGAGCCUUGGAGGAGAUCACCAGCUAUUACCAGAAGAAGCUGAAGGAAGGCACCUGUAAGGCUCGGGAGAUGGAAUUGGCAGUAGGGCGGCUGCAGCCCCGGAAGAAGCUCCCCUACAACGCCCCACAGGCAGACACCCUGGAAAUGCCCGAACGCAGAGUCCUCAGGGUCCUGAGCCGGCUGAAGCAGCAGAACUACGCUGCCAACCUGCAGAGCCCGUACGCCCAGGUGCCUUGCAUCCCGCUCUGCCCGCGGCUGGACAAGAAGACGGUUCGCCGGAAGCAGGGCGGCCGCUACGUGCUGGAACAGUGCACCACCAGCGGCCUGGGCCCCGACAUCCACAGCAUCCUCUUGCACGCUGGAUCUCAGGGAGGCAGGGAACCCGGUAUGAAUUCUGUACCGGCUCGAACCCACUGACCCUGCCAAGUCCGGACUCUGCCUACUUCUGACGGGUCACCGGGCAGGGGCUGCUGCUGGAUUGUUCUUUUGUGGCCUGGUAAGCCAAUAAACAAGAACCUCAGCCUCUG